CGCUACAAACGGGUCUCUCUUUCCAAUUUCCAUCUGCCGAAACGAAAGUCCAGGAAAAACAAUUCUGUAUCUAAUUUCAGAAAGAAUUAGCGGAAACCAUGGCAAACAAACGCAAAUCUCUGAAAACACUAGAUAAACAAAAUAGAAAAUUUAGAAUUAUUUUAGAUAAUCAGUUAGAUUAGAUUAGAUUUAAAACAAGAAACAUAUUUGAACAUUCUUCGAGAUUUUUAAAAGAUGAAGCCAACAUUCACUUACUGAACCCAUCUUUUAAUUUAGUUUGAUUGUUUAAAAACAGAAGAAAUGUCGAAGCUGUGGAAAUGGUAUCGGAAUUGCUUAGCGGCGCAUCCAGUUAAGACACAGGUGAUCAGUUCUGGUUUUAUUUGGGGGUUUGGUGAUAUUGCUGCUCAAUCUAUUACAAUUUACACUGCCAACAAACAAUCUCAAUCCGAUGAGGAAAAAAGAGUAAAGAUCAAUUGGAAGAGAGUAGCAGCCACAAGCGUUUUCGGGUUCGGAUUCGUUGGACCCGUCGGCCACUUUUGGUAUGAAAAAUUAGAUCAUUUCAUGAGGUUCCGACUUGCUUUGCGUCCGAAUUCAUUCCGAUUUCUUGCAUCUAAAGUAGCAAUCGACAGUUUCGUGUUUGGGCCGUUGGAUCUACUGGUGUUUUUCACAUUCAUGGGGUUUUCUACCGGAAAGAGUGUUCCUCAAAUAAAGGAACAUCUGAAGAGGGACUAUUUCCCAGCUCUGAUUCUGGAAGGAAGUACAUGGCCAGUUGUUCAACUCGUAAAUUUCCGAUUUGUGCCGGUAAGAUAUCAGCUUUUGUAUGUCAACUUCUUCUGCUUGUUGGAUAGUUGUUUCUUGUCAUGGUUUCAGCAGCAAGAAGAUGCUGCUUGGAAGCAGUGGUUCAAGCCUUUGAAGGACAAAAAGAGCAUAUAAUUUUGCAUACCAUGAAUUAUGAACAGGUAUACUAUACACAAGGAAAAUAGAUUUUGAUUUGGCAAUUUGGGUUUUUUUUACUGCAGUAAGUGGAGAUGAAAUUCCGCCGUGGAAGUUGGCAAGUUGCUUUACUUUUGGUUAGUUUUGCUCAGGUUUUACCAUUUAAACAAUAGGAUUACAAUCAGAUGAGGUUUUCUUUUCCCUUUUGCCUUGCCAUAGGGGUUACUGUAAAUAUACAAUUGAAGGCGUUAUGAGAAUAUGAUUGAUUUAAUCAAAGGGUUAAAGAAACAAUAGAUAAUCACUAUCAAUCCUCUAAGGUUUGGUUAAGAUUACUAUUUCUCCUCUAUAUUUUUAAAAA